GCGAUCCCGCCUCUCAGGUGCUCUGCCCACAAACUUCUCCCUACUCCAGGGGCUUGCCCGGGGCCUUCUCCGCUCCAGCCCUCCCGCAGGGCCGCGGCCCCGGCGGGCGGGAAGCCUGCGGCGCUGCCGGGCGGCCGCCGCCUCCCGGGAUCACUGCGAAGGCCAGCGGCCCUCGCCAAGCCCCGGGGGUGACCGAGAACCGGCGCCAGGCUCCGGCGGCCCAGGCCCGGCCCCUCCACCGGCAGGUGCGGCCCUGCCGCGCCGGGCCGCCGCUGCGCACUGGGCGGGGCGGGGCAAGCUCCUCCUGCUCCGGCACCGGAGCCGCAUCAGCCGGGACGGCGGGGCUGCGGCGCGGGAGCUUCUUUCUCUGCGGCUCCCGGUAGCCCGCCCGCCCGCCCGCCCGUCGGAGCGGGGCGGUGAGGGUGGCGCCGGCCCCGGCACCUGCCGCGAGGAGGAGCGCUUCCCUUCGUGGAUCCUGACUCGGAGCCGCUCGUUUGAGUGACAAAACCAAGCUUUUGCGCCUCUCCAGCGUUUAAAUACAAGAGAGCUGCCAGCUAGAAAGGAGCCAGGCACCUUGAUCGCUGGAAGAUUAAAUUUGCAGCCCGUGGAAUUUAAAAGAAUCACGGAAGUGCAAAACCAUAGAAGUUGCUGAAAUGUAAAUAAGAGGACUGGAUGUGCUUUGCUUGCUUACCCAGGGAGGCUGACUAUGAAUGGACGUAGGACAGAGAGUCUUUAGAAGAUCUCAGGAAACCAAAGGCAAUGAUUUUAACUGACUCUAGCUUCAUAGAGAGGUGAAAAUCUUCUCCAACUACUGCAUUCAGUACUGCUAGAAGUCUUUUGAAUCUCCCUAAGAUGGAUGACUCCCUGCCCAAUUUGCUUAAAGCUCCUAGAAACCUUUUGAUGUCCUCUUCACAGAAAGCUGCGAUGUAUGCUGCUUUCUCUACAGGAGUAUAAGCUUUGGUAUUCAGAAGAGCAAAAUUGAAAGAUGCCAUCAGAGAGGUGCCUGAGGUAUAGUACUUGGUACGUUCAGGAAAUGCUGACAGGUCAGAGGCUUUGUCAGUCUAGCUCCCAUAACGAUGCUGUCCUGGCAGCUCUGAAUCAACAAAGAAAUGAUGGCAUACUUUGCGAUAUCACCCUUAUUGCUGAAGAGCAGAAAUUCCAUGCACAUAAAGCAGUCCUGGCAGCCUGCAGUGACUAUUUCCGAGCAAUGUUCAGUCUCUGCAUGGUUGAAAGCGAAGCUGAUGAGGUGAAUUUGCAUGGUGUCACAAGCCUUGGUUUAAAACAAGCCCUGGACUUUGCAUAUACUGGACAGAUCCUCUUGGAACCAGGGGUGAUACAGGAUGUCCUAGCAGCUGGGAGUCAUUUGCAGCUGCUGGAGCUUCUCAGUUUAUGUUCUCACUAUCUCAUUCAGGAAUUAAAUAGUUUUAAUUACUUGGACCUCUAUAAGCUUGCGGACCUCUUCAACCUCACUUUGUUGGAGAACGCAGUGGUUGACUUCUUAGUAAAACAUCUCUCUGAGCUAUUGAAGAGUCAUCCUGAAGAAGUUCUGGCACUUCCAUACUGUCUCCUUCGAGAGGUUUUUAAAAGUGAUAGACUCACGUCACUCAGUGAAGAACAAAUCUGGCAGGGUCAUACUGGGGAGAGAUACUUACAGCUGGCUGUGAGGUGGUUGGAACACAACUGCCGCUACCAGUACAUGGACGAACUGCUCCAGUAUGUCCGCUUUGGCCUUAUGGACGUGGAUACACUGCAUACCGUAGCUCUUUCUCAUCCUCUCGUCCAAGCUAGUGAAACCGCGACAGCACUUAUUAAGGAGGCCUUGGCUUACCACCAGAGCGUCUACGCACAGCCAGUUUGGCAAACCAGGAGGACGAGACCUCGCUUCCAGUCGGACACUCUUUACAUUAUUGGCGGGAAAAAACGUGAAAUCUGCAAAGUGAAGGAAUUGCGGUACUUCAAUCCAGUAGAUCAAGAGAACGUUCAUAUUGCAGGGAUCGCCAACUGGAGCGAGCUAGCGCCUAUGCCUGUAGGGAGAAGCCACCACUGCGUUGCUGUCAUGGGCGACUUUCUUUUUGUGGCUGGUGGGGAGGCGGAGCACUGCACAGGGCGCACUUGCGCGGUGCGAUCCGCCUGUCGCUACGACCCCCGCACUAACUCCUGGGCCGAGAUCGCUCCGAUGAAGAACUGUCGGGAACACUUCGUGCUGGGAGCUGUGGACGAGUACCUCUACGCAGUGGGAGGCAGGAACGAAUUGCGGCAAGUGUUGCCUACGGUGGAACGCUAUUGCCCCCAGAAGAACAAGUGGACCUUUGUACAGUCCUUCGAUCGAUCGCUCUCAUGCCACGCAGGAUAUGUGGUGGAUGGUCUUCUUUGGAUAUCAGGAGGAGUAACAAAUACUGCACAGUAUCAAAACAGGCUCAUGGUCUAUGAUCCUAAGCAGAACAAGUGGUUAAGCCGUAGCCCAAUGUUGCAGAGAAGAGUGUAUCACUCCAUGGCUGCCGUCCAAAGGAAACUUUACGUGCUAGGUGGGAAUGAUCUGGACUACAACAAUGAUCGGAUCCUGGUUCGGCACAUAGACUCCUACAGCAUAGACACUGACCAGUGGACGCGCUGCAGCUUCAACAUGCUGACAGGUCAAAAUGAGUCUGGAGUUGCCGUCCACAAUGGUAGAAUAUAUUUAGUUGGUGGCUAUUCGAUUUGGACAAAUGAGCCUUUGGCGUGUAUCCAGGACCUACAGGACAGAAGGGGGUGCUUUGCUGCACCUGAAGUCAGAAAAUGCCACGUAGCCCUUGCCAGCAGACUGUCACGCAGCCAGCAGUGGUUGGCCUCUCCGUCCUCUGUUAACGCCGGCAGGCUGACGGUCAGCAUCGCCUUCUGCAGCAGCACGGGUGGGCCGGUGCUGGCUGAAGAGAAGCAAAGGAAGGGCCUGCCCAGGAAGGCUCUCAGCAAGGCUGAUGCUCCAGGCCUGCGAGAGGACAUAAAAGCCUGAACUAGCUGGGUAAAAGAAGCAGAACUGCCCUGGUGUCUGUCUGUCCAAAUACCGGUGCUGUUGGUACCGGUGAGUUGCCUGCAAGAAUCACCGACCCCUGGCACAUCCACACUCCUCGGCUCAUUCGUGGCAAGCACCUGCUUUAGCAAACUGAUUCACACAGCUGCUGCUGGUGCCACACACGUGGCAGUUCCUGUCGUCUUCUCCACAGUCACUAACAGAGGUUGUAUUACCAGUCUUUAGUAGAUACGGAGUUGGGCUUGGCACAUAGCUUCAGGAAAGGGAUCUUGGAACAUGCUUUUCUUCAUCUGCUGGAAAUCACCUCAGAUCCAAGGCAUGACCCUCUUCCUGUAAUCAACACUCUACCCCUGUGAUACUCACUUGGGACACAGUGGAAAAGGGGCAUCUGAUCUAUAUUCCUUAGUGAAAAGCAGAUCAUCCUGCAAAUGGAUCAGCAGAGACGGGCAUCUGCCCAGCGCUGGUGGAAGCUGCUGGUAACUCAUUGCCCUUUCCUCUGGAGAAACAAAGCCUCCAAAACUGUGAGGCAGAGCAAGGCAGUGACACACCUUCACCCUGUGGGCUGGAGAGGAUUUCUGUCGUGAUGCUUCCCCUACACAGUCUUGACAAGUGAUGUCUGAAAUGUCCCAUCCCAACACCCACAACACAGAGAUCCCUCAUUGAGCCUCUGCGGUUGGUAUAUGACUGAGUAGUAAUACCAGAAGUGUCUACUGGUUCCAGUUCAGAUUUAAAAUGCGUACAAAGCACCUAUACACACUGGCAGGAAAACUGCUCGGAAGCAAGAUCUAGAUAUGAGUUUAACAUUAGGGAGUUGCUGAGGUGCUUAAAAUUAUUCUUCGCCGCUGUCCAAAGUCACUGCACACAAGUAUCUGCUGGCUACACCCUACAGCGAUGUUUUCAGCUGCCAGAGCCAAGCUCCAUGCUACCAGGCUACUGCUCCCUGGCUGAACUCACUGCUUCUGCCUUUGCACCUUUCCUACUUUGCAUACAGGGUCCUCAGCACACCGCCACCCACGUCAGCCUUGCUCAAAUGACCGUGGGGCUGAGUCUCUGGUGGAGGGAGAAGAGGAAAGCAAGUCUGGCAGGGGAUAGCAGAACUCAAGAACACCACUCACCAGUAGGUGCAAGUCUUAUUUUCAGAUCCCCCCUUUACCUGGUUUACAGCAAGGCUCCCUCCUGUUGUUUACUGCACACAGUGAAGGGGCAGGCUUUGCAUCUAUAUGCAGAUGAACGGCUCCUGCCACUGGUAGCAACCAGUGUAGAAGUUUUCCUGCUCUUUAGUUUAAGCAGUUCAUCAUGUAUUGCAUAAGGGAGCUAGAAUUUGUACUGGUUUUAAACCAGCACAAAAGGAUGUUCAGUGUCCUAAGUAGCUUUUAUACAGACAGCAUCUAAUAAAACAUAAGACAUAAUUUCUUUCAGUUCAUGGUGGUUUUCAGUCUUUACUUUUUCUAUAUUGUACUUAAAUUCAGCACUUCUAACUGAUUUUGGACUCUUGUUUUGGUGUAUUCUUGGUAAGUCAGUCUAGACUAACACUCUGCAAGCCUUCAUCCCGUUAAUAUUAUCAGAGCUGUCAGUCACAUCUGCAACUGUCCAUACCAAAUAAUUAGACCAAACCAGACUGCCCAUUUGGCAGUGGUUGGUGAAUACGAUGCAAAAUGCUUUAUUUCUGGUCACAUUAACUUUUAGACAGAGAAUAAUGAUAAUUUACAAACUGUUUACAUUAGUUUCUCAUGCACCAGGAGCUGUUACAGAUUUACAUAAAGCUCCGUGGCUUUUUCAAAAACGUCCAACCACUACAGGUAGUAUUAAAUAUGUCUUUAAUAAUCUACUAAACACAUCAUUACAUGUUUUGUUCUAAUAUCUAUCCGCUCUAUCCUUUAAAAGUCAAAGGUUUUACUUUCAGUAAGUAAUACUAGAGUCAGACAUCUGUUCUGUAAUCUACUGUGUGGUAGGACUCAAAUUUCGAAGGCAUCUCUAUUAAUCUCUCUCAGAGAGGUUUUUAUUUAUUUAUUUUAAAAGCUUUUUAGAACCACAAUCCUCUUGAGAUGAAUAAAACUCCUCCCAGGUACAGAAGCUUACAAGAAACUACAAUGCAAGUUCAAUAAGUCACUUUCAUAAUGAAAAGAACCUCCAUGUUCUGCACUAUUAAGUAGCCUAAAGAGGCUUUUAGUUACUGCAUUAUCUGAAGUGACGAUAGCUGAUUUAGGCAAAAAGAUUAUCUAGUUCGACUUGAUAAGAUUACUGUAAGGAAAGAAAAGCUGCUCUGAGCAAGAUUUUAGGGAUUUUUGUGGAGCUGUUUGACAGCUCCCCAUUAAUAUCAUGAAGGUAAAAUUUGAGUAACUUUAAAAGUAAGCAGCCUGUUCACCAGUGUUGCCAUUAGGGGCAAUCUUAUUGCUCCCAAAGUCCAAUAAGUAGUUGCAGAAAUACAGGUUUUUGAGGGAAGUCAAAAGAGUGAACACCACAGGCAUUAACGGAAGUUUCCUGGGAACUUUAGAAGUAGAAAAAGUUACAGAGCUAGGCCUGUCCUGGAAAGACCUAAAAAGAUAAUCCAUAACACAGCAAAAUAUCUGAAAGCUCCACCUUUCCAGGUGAACAGAAAUAAUUACUAGCCUAUGCUCAAAUGGGAUAAGUUCCCUAAAUUAAUAUUUUCUUUAGAGGUCUGUCCUCUCUUCUUUUUUUCUCACACCAUUUACAUCUAGUCUAAGUUAAAUGGAUAAUUAACAGUGUCACAACUAAUGAAAAGACUGUGGGAUCACGGUAAAUUACAGGUUAAUUUUAAGAAAAUAGUAUUGAAAAGGAAGAGGACAGGAAAUCUGAACCUACUUUUUCUUACAUUACCCACAAUGACAACAGAAGAGCUUUUACCCUGGGAUUGAAAGACUGUAAUAUUUUAUUAGAGGUGGAAAGUUAAGACAGCUAUAUACAUUUUGUGCAACAUAGAUACAUGAGCUUUCUCGUAACACACAAUAGCUCUGUCAUACUGGUGCAACUCCUAGUGAAUGCAUUGCAUUCGACACGUUCGGUACUAGAGAUCACCGUUAUUUCUCAUUCUACUAAAAUAAUAAAUUAGAAAUUACAAAGUUAUUAUUUUCUUAAGAACAUACUGAAUAAGAUUUUCAGGAGUACAGUGUUAAGAAGGUCAGGUCUCACUCAGUGUGAAUUGAGUUGUGAAAUUACUUUGAUUAUUUGAAAUCCUACCUCCUCUGUUGCAAUACAGGCUCUGCUCAUACAGACAUUUUAACAUGUAAUAAAUUCGCUGUAUCUUUCAAUUGCCAUUCAACAGUAUGUCGAGAGUUACUCUUCACAUGCAUGACAAUAUUCAAAUACCACAGAAAUUAUUCAAAUUAAUACAUAACUUGGGACACACACACACACACAUAAAAUUGAUAAAUGUGUUGCCAUUGUAAAGAAAAAGAACUUGGCUAGUGUGUUGUAGAGUGCAGUUUUAGGUAUCGACAGUGUCGGAACGUUCAAGAGGAAACAAUUAAACACCAGCACACUGCUAACCUGUCUCAUUUUCCAGUUUUUGUAUCUCAUUUUGUCCAGCCUCCGUGAGGUAAGAUAAGAGUCUUUUAUAGGCGUCUCUGUUGAAAAAACAAAAGAAUGUAACAUGUUACUUAAUCUCAAACAUCCUAGGAGUAAAAGCACAUAAUUCCCAAACACACUGUUUAUCUAUUAGGGUAUUAAAACACAGUCACUUUUUUUCCUUCUCCCCCUGUCUCCCAUCUAUCCAACUGCUUUGCUGUGAAUUUUUAGCAUGGUGAGGUUGGAAGAAGAAUAAGGGUUGCAUUGUUUAUGGCUACAAGUGUAGUGAAGAAGCUUAGAAGGCUAAUUCUUCAGCAAAAUGCUGUGAAAUAGAUUUUUUUUUUUUUUUUAAUUUUAAAACACGGAGUUUUCAAGGCUUAGAUGUGAUUGGCAUUCAAACUUCAUCAUGUUUGCUAUCUGAUUUCUGCAUAAGAAAUCUCUCUGUGCCUCAUGCCACAGCACGGUGACGCAAGCCACCGGCACUGGGGUGCAGACUGGCGCUGACACAGAUUUAGACCCUCAUCUCACAAGCGGCAAUGACUGUUCUAAAACAAACCCAGAAUUCAGAAAGGGACUGUCACUCAAGUGGAUUUUCCAGAAGAGUGUGUAUGUACUGGCAGGAAUUUUCACCUGAAGUUCAUUCUAAUACUCUCCAUCCUAGGCAAUACAAUUAUACUGCCUCUGAUGUUUAGGGUCUAUUCUAAUAAUACAUAUUUUUCAUGAAAUAUUAACUUGAGCAAACAAGACUGCAGUUUUCAUACUAGUUUCUUGCAAUAAUAGUACUGGACAUCACCACUAUUGGCACCUAAUGCCACUUCUGAAUUUUGUUUCUUUUAUAUACAUAUAUGGGUUUGCAGUUUAAUGUCUACAGUAAUUGUACAGAAUAUGUUAAUAUAAUGUUGUUUAGUGGACUGAAGAGAGAAAAUCAGUUAUUAGUGCUCUUACGAUAAAAUGUUCAUGGUUCACCUUAGACUGCUGGGUAAUGUCACAAAUUCUAAAUACAAAUUAUUAAUAUAAAACACCAACAACGGAUUAGCUAAUGCAUACGUUAAGUGAUGAGGCUAAAAGAAACUUAGCUCUCCAGAAAUCUCCAAGCAUGUAUUUCAGGAAGCUCAAACAACCUGGGUUUGUUUUUUUUUUUUUUAAUAUUUUGUAGGUAAAGGGAUGAAUUUUAGCUUAUUAACAGUAUUACAAAAAAAAAAGAAAAUUGGACAUGAAAUACAUUAUCAAAAGAUCAAAAGCAAAUAGUAUGAAAAUCCUGCAUAUAAUGGUACUUCCAUCUGACCUUGGGUGAAUUCCCUUAAAUAAAAGCAAAUGUAUUUGUUGGUAGAGGAUAAUAAAAAGUGUAUAAUUACAAAUUAUUUAAAUAUAUUGUUCAUUAAAUGGAGAAUUAACACCCGUUGACCACCCUUUCCUGUCUCCCGAGUUACACUCCCCCACAACUCUUGUCUUUCGGGUUUCCGAUGGCCCAGGCCCUGCUGAUGUGCACCUCCACACCUCUCCGGCCCGGGCCUGGGGAGGGUCCCACCCUCCGAGCAGCCCCAGCAGGCCCGCUCCGGGCCUGGGCCUCGGGCGGGGCAGGGCCCAGCCUCGGCCUCCUCCCAGUGAGCAGAGCUAACGGGGGGGGGGGAGCCCUUUCGGGUGGGGUGCCACCCUGGGCAGAGCUUCCUGGAGUUCUGUGACAGCGUUUUCGAGAGGUGCUGGAUGCUCACCGCCGCCUCGGCACCCAGAGGGGCCCCCGCCUGCGCGGAGCCGCUCACCUCAGGCGCCAUCUCCUCCUGAGGCCUGGUGGAUUCACAAGUCAGAUUCUGCUGCCCUAAGUCCUUGGGGGCAAAGGGAGCACGUGUGAGUCCGCUGUGCUCAUCGGAGAGAGGAGGACAGCCUUUUCUGGACACCCACAUGGUUCGCUUAUAUUCAAAGUUACGAGACAACUCUUGAAAUUAAGCCACAGGUACUUCUUUUCCAGGCAUCUUGGAUCAUACCUGAUUCUAUCGUAAUUUUAGAUACGACCCGUAAAGUCCUCUCAAACUGGGACUGACAGGAAAAUUCUUCGGGGCAGGAAUUCGUUAUUCUGUUUUGCAAUGUAGAGUGUAGCGAGCAGAGGCAUCCUGGCUUCGCACAAAAUCUGCUGGGGUCUGUAGCCCUAGUGUCAAAACAUCUCUGAAAAUAUUUAGCAUAUAUACAUGGCUUAAAACCAUGAAAGGCCUGAGCUAGGGGAGAUUUCUGGCUGAACUCACUUAAAAAGUCAGUCAUUUUUGAGUAUCUGUGCUGCUGUCUAACAUUGCUUUCUUUCCAGAGAAUAAACCUCCACAGCUCAUUGUCAAAAAACAGUAUUAAAUAAAAAUCAAACCUCUGUGCA